GUCAACCCGGAAGUGCGUGGCCUUAAAGCAAUGGCGGAGUCCAGGGAGAAAUCCGGUCUCGUAUGGUGUGUUUGUGUUUAUUUUCAGUGUUGUGUAGUUGUGUUGUUGUUGUCCGCUGUCUUGACCCCUGUGUUCGGGGAUCUGGGAGCCGAAAGCGACGCGUUCCGAGCCGGAAGUUCUGGCUUAUCAGCGGCUGCGGCGGCAGCGCGAGACGUGCGAUACCUGCUGUACGAUGUUAACCCUCCUGAGGGCUUUAACCUGCGGAGGGAUGUGUACAUCCGUAUGGCGUCCCUGCUGAAGACACUGAUGCAGCAUGACGACUGGGUGAUGGUUCUGCCCCCGUGGGGUCGUCUGUACCACUGGCAGAGUCCCGACAUGCACCAGGUAAAGAUCCCAUGGGCCGAGUUCUUCAGCGUCACCAGUCUGCAGGCCAACAUUCCUGUCAUUGAGUAUGAAGAGUUCAUCGCAGAGUCGGGCGGGCCUUUCAUUGAUCAGGUGUUGGUGCUGCAGAACUAUGCAGAAGGCUGGAAAGAGGGAACGUGGGAAGAGAAGGUAGACGAGCGACCCUGCAUCGAUCGCCUCACGUACAAUAAAGACAAGCAAGGAUACUACAGAGGCUGGUUCUGGGGUUAUGAGGAGACUCGAGCUCUCAGUGUGACCUGUCUGUCUGCUCAGGGACACGCCUCUGUUCUAGCGCCUUACAUACAGGACAACAUCACGGCCACCUCAGUGAUGUUAGACAGAGCCGAAACCGUCCUCCAUGAUCAUUAUGCAGGAAAAGAUUACUGGAAUACCCGACGCAGUAUGGUGUUUGCCAAACACCUGCGUGUCCUUGGAGACCAAUUUAGAGCACAAUUCCUCAACUCCACUGACGAGCAGGACCACACACCUUACAGCGAGGACUGGACACGCAUGAGGGCCAAGUUGGGCAGUGCUAAAGGAGGCCCAUAUCUGGGCGUGCACUUGCGCAGGAAGGACUUUAUCUGGGGUCACCGUGAAGACGUACCAAGCCUGAAGGGGGCUGUGAAGAAAAUCCGAAGCGUCAUGAAGAAACACAAGCUGGACAAAGUGUUUAUAGCCACCGAUGCUGAUGAUGAAGAGGUGUUGAAGCUGAAGAAGUUUCUACCUGAGAUGUUGCGCUAUGAGCCGAGUCGCACCGAUCUCGAGCUGCUGAAGGAUGGAGGAGUCGCCAUUAUAGACCAGUGGAUCUGUGCACAUGCCCGGUACUUCAUCGGGACCUCGGUUUCGACCUUCUCCUUCCGCAUCCACGAGGAACGAGAGAUUCUGGGAUUCGACCCUAAGACCACCUACAACCGUUUCUGUGGUGACGAGGAGAAAGAAUGCGAACAGCCAACACACUGGAAAAUAGUUUACUGAUCCGGGAAAAAACUCCUCGCACUGAGCUCUGCUACUCCGUUACAGGAGCACAACAACCGCCAUCUCUAUACAUGCUACCAUACAGUGUUUUUAUCCAGAAUGUGUUCUGUAAAAUCCAGAAUUAUUGGCACCCUCCAUAAAAACCAGCACAAACAAAGGACGAGUCCUUGAGCAUUUUGAGCUCACGCACAUGGACACGACGCAGACUCCUCAUCCUACAAAAGAUUUUUUUUUUCUCAGAUGUUAAGUUUUUUGUCUGUUUUUAUUCAAAACGGUGUUUUCUAAAAUUAUUGGCACCCCCUAGACAUGAGUAUGAGUGAAACUUCUGUGGAACAUGACCUGUUAUCCAGAACCCGGAGACUUUACUUUACUUUCAAGCCACAGGAGAUUAUUAGUUACUGAACACGUGAACGACACCUAGCUGCGAAUUCGGUACGAUUCCGUAAACCAACCAACCCAAGCGCUUGGUGUCAAUCCCUCGACCGGUCCGAUGGCACACCAGUUCCUUCCUGUUAUUAGCGUAUUUCGUGUUUACACAAAAAUAGAAAGAAAAAAUUAUAGCAGCAGUUUCAGCUUUUUCUGUAUGACCUCUGUUAUGUGUACACAGAGAAAAAUAAAGAUUGUACAUGGCCAGUACAGCCAGCUCGCUUUGCUAAUCUAAUCUCACUCCAAAUUAUCACACUAUGUUGAUUAUUCAGAGUAAAACUUGGCUGCCUUCGGUGACGAGGCUAUGAUUUGGACACGGAUUGGCAACCAGAUCUCAGAAUGAACAGAAAUGUACGUUAUGGCAUUUGUAAUGUUUCUCCAGUUAGCUUUAAAAGCUUUAUGUAAAUAUUUGUUGCUCUUCGAAAUUUAAAAAUCGACAGGCCACGCCCACAAACGACGACAAAAGGCAAUCUACUUCUUUUAUAAUUAUCUUUAUUAAAGAAAUCCUAACCUCCUUUUAAAGGAAACCGAGUUUCAUGCCGAAAUAAAUGAAAAAUAUAAUAAUCCAUGAUGCCAUCAGGAGACAUAAUAUCAUGGCCAUGGAGAUUUAUGUGUUGAAAUCUUUAUUUUGUGACUAAUUUUGAUAUUUUAAGAGAGAUUGUGUGAAGACAUCCGUAUACAUUUCAUCCUAAAACACCGGGAGGUUCUGACUCAUAGACACAGAUAUUUAUAGAACAGUCUCAUGUACUUCAGACUGAUGGUAGAAGGUCUGGUCUCCAUCACAGCAUUUAUUGGCCAAGGAACUGCCCAAGAGAAGGUCUGACUGACAAGUGUGUGUGUGUGUGCGUGUGUGUGUGUGAGAGAGAGAGUGUGUGUUUACUGUAUGUGUGUGUGUGUGACAGUGUGGUUUGUUUACACAGUUCAAUAGGUUAUGAAAUAUUUUUGGAUUCCUGAACUGUGAAUCAAAUGAAUCAGAAGUAUUCAGUUCAAUAUAAUGUGACUCCUUCGGCCAAGGACUACAUGUUUCCUGUGUGUGUGUGUGUGUGUGUGUGUGUGUGUGUGUGUGUGUGUGUGUGUGUGUGUGUGAAGUUUGUUUACACACUUUGUUAGACCCUUCAAUAUUUGUAUGUGUAUUUCUUUAGUAAAUCUUUAUUAUUAAAAAAUCGAACAAAUCAAAAAAGUAAAA